AUGGGGCUCUCGGUCCAGCCGACAGCAGUCAUCCUCACUUUGGUGUUAGUAUCUACACACCAUCCCACAGCAGGUGAUGGCCAUGAUCCAUUGCUUAUCUUGGAUGGUUAUGAGGAUGAUGGUAUUCGACUCAAAUGUUUCUCUGAGAGGUUGUUUUCUGAAGUUCAGGUGUUGUGGACAGAUGGUAGAGGAGAAAAUGUCACUGGGACUCCUCUCACUAUUGACACCACCACUGCUAAUACCAGUAGCUCCAUCAUUCUAAAACGAGGAUCUGGAAACUCUGCAUCCUGCAGAAUAAUUGAUAAACUGCUGAAAACAUCAACAGAAUCUUCAGUUGUCAUUGCAGUUAUGCAAAUUAUGGGCAGUGAGGCUAAGACAGUUUUCUGGAGUGUCUCAAUGAUGGCUGAAGGAAUCUUGGAGCAGUUUCAGAAAGAACUGGGUGAGUUGAAAGCUGAAGACUAUUUUUAUCAAAUUUAUAUGCCUCCCACCCCACACUUUAAUAUCACUCUGGAUGAGAACUGCAAACAUCCCAGCCUCAUCAUUAAGGAGAAAAACAGAGUCAUGUGCUCCAGCCAGGAAGAGAACCUCUCUAAAGCGGUGGCGGUCGCUACCGAAGGGUUUUCAGAAAAGAGACUUUACUGGGAAGUGGAGGUGGGGGACAAGUCAGAGUGGGAGGUGGGUGUGAUGUGUGAAGAAAUUAGAAAUAUAGUGAGGAGCAACACGAAGGACGCUUUCCCAAAGGGGAAUUUACUCAGUCUGCAAUUUUCUCAGGGAGAAUACAGCUUAAAUGGUGGGAAGGAUGAAAGAAAUUGCAUGCCCUGCAGCGUGGUAGGUGUUUUCCUGGAUCACGAAUCUGGCAAGCUUUCAUUUUUUGAUGCUGAAAAAAAGUGCCUUCUCAAGUCUCUUUCUUUUGAGUUUUCUGAGAAGCUGUACCCAUUUUUCAGACCAGGCUCUGAUGGCAAAUGGUUGGGAGUUCGCCCUGUAUGUACUUUAACUGCAUAA